AUGAAGUUUAUUAGCGACGUGAAACACUCUCUUCGCACUGAUGUCAAUUGGGAACGGGCUCGGAGAUAUUCAGUUAUUGGUGCCAAAGCUGCCCCUGCUACCGCUGUCGGAUACUUGCUGGACAAGGUCCCCAUCGUAGGAUGGCUACCGAGAUAUAACCCUCGAUGGGCGAUCAGCGAUGUUAUCGCAGGGUUGACCCUCGGUAUCAUGCUGAUUCCCCAAAGUUUGGCGUACGCUGCAAUUGCCACGAUUCCUGUCCAACAUGGUCUGAUGGCUAGUUGGCUUCCCGCCACCGUCUACGCAUUUAUGGGGACUUCCAAAGAUCUCUCCACUGGUCCAACAUCAUUGAUUGGCCUACUGACCGCGGAGGUCAUUGAACAUCUAGAGCCUGAAGGCUACGAGCCCGCUGCCAUUGCCGCUGCGGUUGCCAUGUGGAUGGGAGUAUACUGCAUGGUCAUUGGCUUCUUGAAGUUGGGGUUUCUGCUUGAGUUUAUCUCUGAGCCUGUUCUUACCGGUUUCAUCUCCGCCGCUGCCAUCAUUAUCGGCUCUGGCCAGAUCAAACACCUUAUCGGACAGAAGGGCAUCCGCUCAGGAUUUGCGAAUAUCGUGCACGAUACCUUUGCGAAGUUGCCUCAAGCCAAUGGGGUUACUGCAGCUAUCGGUGUUACUGGAGUUCUCAUCUUGUGCCUCUUACAACAUGUGGGUACCAGAUGGGGCAAGACGAAUAAGGUUGCCUGGAUGCUCUCCAUCACUCGCGCUUUCACCGUGCUUGUUCUAUACACUGGCAUCUCAUACGGCGUAAACAAGAACCGUGGAGAGGACGACUAUUUAUUCGCGGUCACUGAGAUGACUCACAAGGGCAUCAUUCCACCGGCGGUCCCUCCAGCUGAUCUGCUGGCCAAAACUCCCAUGCGAUCCAUUGCUGCCUUUAUUGCCGCUUCGGUCGAGCACGUCGCUAUCGCCCGUGCAUUCGGUGCACGUGGUAAUUACCUGACAGACCCUUCUCAGGAACUCUGCUAUCUAGGCAUCACAAACUUCUUCAAUUCAUUCUUCACCGCUAUGGGAGUUGGUGGUGCGAUGUCGCGUACUGCUGUCAACUCACAGUGCAACGUUCGAUCUCCCCUUUCAGGUAUUGUCACAACUGCUGUGGUGAUCCUUUGUUUGUAUGAACUUACCGGCGCACUUUACUGGAUCCCUAAGGCAACUCUUGCAGCUAUUAUAAUCACAGCCAUCUGGCCACUGGUUGGUAGCUGGAGGACUUAUUACCACUUCUGGAGAACUUCCCUCGCAGACUUCAUUGCCGCGAUGUUAGCGUUUUGGCUGACGCUCUUCGUCGACGCAGAAAUCGGCAUCGGCGUCGGUGUCGGCUGGUCCAUCGUAUACUAUCUCCUCCGUCUGGCAUGGAUGCGGACUCGCAUCAUCGGCAGCCACACUCGUUCCGAGCUUGUCCGAUCAAUUGAUAGCGGACGAGGUAUGCCGACCCACAUUCCUGAGGAUGUGCAGAUCUUCAAGUUUGAGGAGAGCGUUUUCUUCCCCAAUGCCACAAGAGUCAAGAACCAGUUGGUUGAUGGAGUGCAGACGUACCAUGCACCAGCAUACUCGUCAGCCAACGGUGCUGAAAAGGAUCGCAUCUGGUCCGUUGUUGGAGAGCGACGUGUCAAGAAACUCCGGAAGAGAGCCGGUCUUGAUGUCAACAAUCUCCCUCCAGUUCGAAUUGUAGUCAUGGAUUUUACCAAAGUCACAUUUGCAGACGUCACGGCUCUCCAUGUCAUGAAAGAAGUGUUCGCUGAGGUGAAGAAGUAUGGCGGCGCAGAUUGUGAGAUCCGAUUUGCUUCUAUGGGCGAUGGUGUUAGGUUCAGGUUUGAGCGUGCGGGCUGGGACAUGAUCGACGCCGACUCGUCAGCUGGCAGUAGCCCCGAGAAACCAACAGGCGCAAAAUCUGUUCGGGUUUAUAGAUGUGUUGCCGAUGCGGUAGAGAGAAGACCAAUCGUGUCAGAAAGCGUUGAGUUGGUGAGCAAGGGAGACGACGGGGCAGCGGAACACCGAGAAAAGGUAUGA